AUGGAUUUACCUGCAAUUUUCGAUCAAAUUGUAGAUAAUCAAAAUUAUGAAAGUAGCGGUUUGUUAUUUCAUCCAACUAGCUAUACUACAGCUAAAAAAAUUAUGACUAAAGGAAUUAACAUCAAUCAUCCAGAUAAUCUAUUCCAUGAUUUUAGUCCUGCAGAUGUUUUCGGAUUCUAUGUAACCGGGAAUAUGGAUGAUGCCAUUCGAUUUGCCGUAAGAAAUUUUCAUAAUGCCGCUAUUAUUGAAUAUCAUGUCCCCAAACAAAUGUUAUGCCAUUUUAACUACAAAUAUUUUCAUCGUGGCGAAUAUGAAGAUUGGAUUGAAUUUACCGAGUUAUGUCGGCAAAAUAAAGGUGAUCAUUCGUAUGAUAUUGUUGAAGGUCCUUGCCGUUCGAAACACCGUGGAUGCCGUCUGUACUGUAAACCUGCUAGUCAUCAAAUAGCCAUUUUAUCUGAUAUUGUGGCUAAGAUUUUUGACUCUAAUCAAUCAAGGCUUCUUAAAUUAGGCAAAUAUGGGGACGAUAAUUAUGAUUCUGAUAAUAAUAGCGAUAGUGAUUCUAGCGACUCUAUCGAUGAUGAAAAUAAUCACUGUGAUAGAAAGCGUUAGAGCAUUAGUAAACAAUCAGAGCAUGAAAUUUCA